AUGGAGUUCCACAUGCAAGUCUCUUUGAUUAUAGUCCUUUUUGUGUUUGGUCCAACAACUAUAUUGUCAAGUUCCUCUGUGAGCUCAAAUGGGCUCUCAGAAAUCCCCUUCAAGUUACUUGAUUUUGCCCAGAAACCUCAAGUGUUUGAUUGGAUGGUGGGAAUCAGAAGGAAAAUACAUGAAAACCCAGAAUUGGGUUAUGAGGAAUUUGAAACCAGUAAGCUGGUCAGAGCAGAAUUGGAUGAAAUGGGUAUUGACUAUAAAUACCCAAUUGCGAUUACAGGUGUUGUAGGGUUCAUUGGCACCAGAAAACCGCCUUUUGUUGCAAUAAGAGCUGAUAUGGAUGCUCUGGCUAUGCAGGAAAUGGUAGAGUGGGAACACAAGAGUAAAGUUCCUGGGAAAAUGCACGCUUGUGGGCAUGAUGCUCAUGUCGCAAUGCUUCUUGGUGCGGCAAAGAUCCUUAAAGAACAUGAGAAAGAUUUACAGGGAACAGUUGUUCUUCUAUUUCAACCAGCAGAGGAAGGAGGAGCAGGGGCUAAGAAAAUGAUAAAUGGCGGAGCAUUAGAGAAUGUUAAUGCUAUUUUUGGGUUGCAUGUUGCAAACCACGUACCUAUAGCUGAAGUGGCCUCCAGACCUGGUCCCUUUUUUGCAGGAAGUGGCUUCUUUGAAGCCACAAUAAGUGGAAAAGGCGGUCAUGCAGCCAUUCCUCAGCAUGCGAUUGACCCGAUACUGGCAGCUUCAAAUGUGAUUGUCAGCUUGCAACAUCUUGUUUCACGUGAAGCUGAUCCACUUGACUCACAGGUAGUCACGGUUGGAAAAUUUCAAGGAGGUGAUGCAUUCAAUGUUAUUCCAGAUUCUGUCAGAAUUGGUGGCACUUUCCGUGCCUUUACACGGGAGAGCUUAAUGCAACUUAAGCAGCGCAUUAAGGAGGUCAUAAUGGGACAAGCUUCUGUACAAAGGUGCAGUGCAACUGUCAAUUUCCUUGAAGAUGAGAAACCUUUGUCCCCCCCGACCAUAAACCAUAAGGACCUGCACGAACACUUCCAGAAUGUAGCUGGAGAUAUGCUUGGCAUCCAGAGAGUCAAAGACCAUCAACCAUUGAUGGGAUCUGAGGAUUUUGCAUAUUACCAAGAAGCAAUACCUGGAUACUUUUUCUUGCUUGGAAUGGCAGAUGACAAACUUGGACCUCUGCAUGUGCCACAUUCACCUCACUUCCAAAUCAAUGAAGAUGCACUUCCUUUUGGUGCUGCACUUCACGCUUCUUUGGCUAUUAGGUAUUUGCUUGAACUCCAACAGGAAGUUCCUUUGCCAGCACAAGAAUACCAUGAUGAAUUAUAA